AGCAAGCAAUAGUUGGAUUCUCAAUAGUUUCAGAAAACUGAGACACUGAGUUGAGAAAUACUAGGAGGCGCCGAACAAGACGGACUGGCCCAACAUCUGACUAGCUCAGUAGCCCAAUAAUCUAAACAGAAAGCCCAGUAACCAACCCAUGUGAAGACAAGAGCCCACACCGCAGUAGCCCACAGCAGCAAUCACCACGCGCCGCCGCCGUACUUGCUCACCUCCUUCGGUGACCCGCCGCCGCCGGCGCCGGCGCCGCCCGCUCAAUCCUAUUCGCCCACGCCUCUGCAGCCCGACACCUGUCGGCCACAUCCAGAGCCGCCUGCCGCCGCUGCUGUUGGUGACCGGGGAUGGACGGGGAAGAAGAGAACGUCGGGCCGUUCCGCCGGACGAGCACCCGCACCCGCCGCAUGGCCACGCGCAUGGCGUCCGCGCUCGCCAGCUCCGACAACCGCGCCCAGGCUGCAUUAGCUCGUCUUGAAGCUCUUGAGAGUGAUAAUGCUGGGGUUGAAGUGGUAGAUCUUAAUGAUGAUGAGUAUGGAUCCACGGAUGAGGAAGACCCUGUGCUCAUGCAAAAGAAGCAGUCCAAGAUCAUGAAACGCAAGACAAGGCAAGGGAAAGCUUUGGAGAAGAGGGCAGCAAGAUCAUUCAUGGAUGUGCUACAAGAAGCAAAUCUUGAGUCCCUGGCUCACAAUGUCCCAACAUAUUUGAGGGCUGCUGUUGGUCCACCAAGUACUUCGUCUCGACGCCACUACUGCUCAGUUUGUGGGAGUUCUGCAAAUUACAUAUGCGUGAGGUGUGGAACACGGUUCUGUUCAUGCCGCUGUCAAGUCAUACACAAUGACACUCGCUGCCUUAAAUUUGUAGCUUGAUCAGCUACAUUUGAUGUAUAUCUAGCCCCCAGCGAUUCUUCAUCUAUGCUUUGAUCAGUAGGAUAUGCUUGCUGUGUAUGUUUUGUACUUCAUAGCCAGUGCUGGUUCGGUAAGUGGUAGAAUUAGGUACUGCAGUUGCCAGGUAGAUCUCUUGUAGACCGACUAUGCUAGAUAACCACAAAGUCAAAAUGUCCUGGUUCCAUGUGCA